AUGUCCGAUGACUCGAAUCCCGAAUAUAUUCAUUUAGAAAGAUUUUUAAAUUUAAUGACCGGAAUUUUAAAAGAUCGCAGGUAUCAAUCUGAACCGGAGAGCAAAAUUCUACGCGCAUUUCAAGUACUUGAUACUCAAAAUAAUGGAAGUCUAACCGAAGAUGAACUUCAUCAAAUUCUCUGCAAAGAAGGCGAGCCGUUCAACGAAGAAGAAUUUCAAGAUUUUAUGACAAUUGCUUUAGAUAACGAAACAACACGAAUAUGUACAUACAAAGAUUUUUUAAGUCAUUUAGUGGUGGAAGAUGACUAA